UAUGCAGUGCCUGAACACAAUCAUGGCAGAAUCACCAGGCCUUGUCACCAUCUGUCUUUUAGGAUAUCUACUCAGUGCUGAAUGUACAGUUUUUCUUGAUCGUGAAAAUGCCACCAAAAUUCUGAAUCGGCCAAAGAGAUAUAAUUCAGGUAAAUUGGAAGAGUUUGUUCAAGGGAACCUUGAGAGAGAAUGUAUAGAAGAAAAGUGCAGUUUUGAAGAAGCACGAGAAGUUUUUGAAAACACUGAAAAAACUACUGAAUUUUGGAAGCAAUAUGUUGAUGGAGAUCAGUGUGAGUCCAAUCCAUGUUUAAAUGGUGGCCUAUGCAAAGAUGACAUUAAUUCCUAUGAAUGUUGGUGUCAAGUUGGAUUUGAAGGAAAAAACUGUGAAUUAGAUGCAACAUGCAGCAUUAAGAAUGGCAGGUGCAAGCAGUUUUGUAAAAAGGGCACAGAUAACAAGGUUCUUUGCUCCUGUACUGCAGGAUACCAACUUGCAGAAGACCAAAAGUCCUGUGAACCAGCAGUGCCAUUUCCAUGUGGGAAAGUUUCUAUUUCACUCAAUUCUCAGAAGCUCACCCGUGCUGAGACUAUUUUUUCCAAUAUGGACUAUGAAAAUUCUACUGAAGAUGAAACACUUGUGGAUAAUGUAACUCAAAACACCCAACCAUUUAAUGACUUCACUCGAGUUGUUGGUGGAAAAAAUGCCAAACCAGGUCAAUUCCCUUGGCAGGUCCUUCUGAAUGGUAAAAUUGAUGCAUUCUGUGGAGGUUCCAUCAUUAAUGAAAAAUGGGUCGUAACUGCAGCCCACUGUAUUGAACCUGGUAUUAAAAUUACCGUUAUUGCAGGUGAACAUAACACCGAGAAGGAGGAACAUACAGAGCAAAAGCGAAAUGUGAUUCGUGCUAUUCCUCACCAUAGCUACAAUGCAACUAUUAAUAAGUACAGCCAUGACAUUGCCCUUCUGGAAUUGGAUACACCCUUAACGCUAAACAGCUAUGUAACACCCAUCUGUAUUGCUGACAGGGAAUACACAAACAUCUUCCUCAAAUUUGGGUCAGGCUAUGUGAGUGGCUGGGGGAGAGUCUUCAACAGAGGGAGAUCAGCUUCAAUUCUUCAGUACCUUAAAGUUCCACUUGUUGACCGAGCCACAUGCCUUCGCUCCACAAAGUUCACCAUCUAUAAUAACAUGUUCUGUGCUGGCUUCCAUGAGGGAGGUAAAGAUUCAUGCCAAGGAGAUAGUGGGGGACCCCAUGUUACUGAGGUGGAAGGCAUCAGUUUCUUAACUGGAAUUAUUAGCUGGGGUGAAGAGUGUGCAGUGAAAGGAAAAUAUGGAAUAUAUACCAAGGUAUCCUGGUAUGUCAACUGGAUUAAGGAAAAAACAAAGCUCACUUAAAGAAAAAUGUAUUUCCAAGGUUGACAUAUUUGGGAAUGAAAAUAAACAAGGUGUUUUACUAACUAAUCACUUUACCUUCUCAUCAGAUUUGGAUGUAUACAUUAGGUGAAUAUUGCUUUUACUCUCUAUGGGAAAAAGUCUAUCUUGAAUUGAUAUUUUCUAAAAUAAGUAGAUCAGAAAAUAAAAUAACUUGAGAAAUAUUGUGGUAAGAAUUUGUGACCAUGACAAAAUUGUGAGGUUAACAUCUUUAUCCUGCUCAUCAGGCAUUACACUUCUCCACUGAGGCGACUUCCUGAUUCUCCCUCCUUAGCAGCAUUCCAUGUUCCAGAUCUUUCUUACCUCUCCCACCAAAACAUCAACAUGUAUUAG